GGGCGGCCCGCAUCGCCUUUCCAGGGAGCACAGAGAGGGGGCAGCACCCGAGGUCUGUGGGCUGGCCGUUCCCUCCCUUCUGUCAACGAGAAGGGUCAGGAAGGAGCUGUCCUGGAGGCCCCCAACUUCAGGCGGUGCAGCCUGACCUCUUAAAUCCAGGAGGAGCAGCUCCAGCCCUGGGAAGCCCAGGAGAGGUUCCCAGGUCGGGCACAGGCAGGAGAGGGGUCUUGUCUGGCUCCAGGACCUCUCUCUUCCCAGGAAGCCAGGCUGCCAGCAGGACCAUCCAGCCUUCCUCAGUGCUGUCCCUGGAACAAGGGUCAGUGCCCACGGCCCUCCUGCCAAUCCGGCCCGCCCCGUUUGUGUAAACACAGAGCGCACCUUAUGCCAUAUUCCCCUCUACAAGAAAAGUUUGCUCUCCCCGCCCUGUACUGAAGACAGCGGCAAAGGGAGUGCCAGUCCCCUGAACCCCGCCCCGAUGGCCGCAUUGUGCAUGCUCAGAUGGUGGGUUCCAGGCCACUGUGCCCAGGCAGCCUCUGUGCACACUGUCCCCCAGCCUGGCACACCCGGGGCUCCCGGGGGUCCUGUAGCUUGACCCAAGGGAGAUGCACCCCCACUCCUAAGAGAGCAGCAUGGGUCUCUCCACACCUCCUCCAGCAGUCCCCUCAAAUAGGUCAAAGUCCUGCAAACCAGGCAGGGGUCUGCCCACAUGUGGUGGUGCCCUCACCAGCCUCUUUCAGGCCUGCCUUUACGUGCACCAGCAGACGGGGGGCUGGCAAGGACGGGCUGCCAAGCCUGAGCCGGGCUGCCACCUCCAGAUUGUGUGACUUUGGACAGGGUGCCUCAACUCUCUGAGCUGCACUUUCACCUACAAAUAAGGGGCAGACUCAGCAGCUGCCAGGCAGGGUGGUUGGACACCCACCCGGGACAGACCCUGAGAAAGGGUGAUCCCUCACCCCUGCCAUCCCUCACUGACCCAGACAUUGCCCCCUCCUGCCCGGGCAAUAUCGAGGCUCAGCCAGUGUGCCCCAAAACAGCAGCUUGGGACCCAUUCUUUGCCUCUCCCUCUGGCAACCCCAGGUCAGGACUCACAGGGGCACAGGGGCCAGGGCAGGGCGGGGCGGGCACCCUCUCUACUGUGGAGGCCCCAUGCCAGGUCAGGGUCUUACUGGAGGCUGGACUCUGUGAUCACCUCACCUCCCACAGCCCCACAGUGCCCUCCCUCUCCCACUCCGCCCUGAAUUCCAAUCCUUCGGUUUUUCCAAGAGCUGCGCAGCUCCGGAACUGGCCUGGGAGAGGGGCACAUUUGGGCCGGGAGGGGCGGGAAGAGCAUCAAACUCUGGUCUCAUCUGAAAUCCUGGUCUGUUGUCUACCGGGGGCCUGGGAAACAGCCACCCCCUUCUGCUCCGGGGCCAGCGGCCUGUCCUCGGGGUCACUGCUAUUUCUGCCAAAGGGGAGAGGGAGAGCCUGAAGAGCCUGUUUCUGUCCCUCAGGGAGCCAGGAGGGAGCCAGGACCAUGUUCCAGUAAAUGAGGACUGCAGCCUUGAGCCCUGACUCCCGGCCAGAGACACGACAUCAGACCAGAAAGAAUGAGGAGGCCGCGUGGGGCCCACGGGCGUGCAGGGCAGAGAGGGAGGACAAGAAGUGCCCCCUCUCCAUCCUGAAAAGGAGCCGGCCGGAGCAUCACCGCCCAGGGGCCGAGCCCCAGAGGACCUCGAGGCGUGUGCGGUUCCAAGAACCCCCAGCGGUGACCGUCCACUACAUUGCUGACAGGAACACCACGGCCACGGUCAGGGGUGAGUUCCAAGCCCACGUGCCUGUACCCCACUGCCCCCUCCUUCGGUGCACCCACCCUCACUCCCUCCCCAAGGGAGGUGUCACAGGGCCAGGGCCUCUGAGGAGUCCCCAGUGGGGGGGUCUUGUUGAAGGAGGCCCCACGAGGCUAGGGAGGGGCCAUGGGCAGGGAUAGGGCGGAAUCUCCCCAUCCCUUCCCCACUAGCCCCAGUCCUCCAGGGAAGGGUGGGG